ACUGAAGCACAGCUUUUGCUGUUCAGCCCAGGGACCAAUCCGCAGUCUCUCCGCCCCCUAAACGAAGCGGUUAAAUGAUCUUCUGGUUCUGUUUUUUCAAAAAGACGCGGGAUUCUAGCGGCUGGAGAGAAGGUGCCAGUGUGGAAAGAUCUGGGCACUAUUCAGGAAUCUUCAUGCCUCUUUGCCUGACCUUAUCAUCUCCAUGCUAAACAAACAGCAGAUUUUAAGUUGGAAGUAGAACUUAUUUUUGAAUUUCCAAGCUGCAAACCCUUUUUGCAGGUUGAGGACAAAGCCUGGGCCUUGUAAUUGGUAGUCUACCACUGAAGUCAAUUUCUACCCCAACUUGAACCAUUUUGGAGUUUGUGUUUCAGCUGAGCCAUCUAUUUCAUCUCUAAGCCACAAUGAGUUCUAAGAAGCGCAAAUCACAGAAGAUCCCAUUUAAUACCAGGAAAAAUAAAAAAAUCAAAGACUAUUUCUCUCAGGUUCCCAAAGAAGAGCAGAAUGAUCCCAGUAUUUCUCAAGUAAAAGUGGACUCUAAAAAAAUGCCAAGGGAUAUAACCAACACCAGGAACCAAAGACCACUUUCACCUAAGAAAACUCAACAAGAUCAGACUCCUCCCCUAUAUAAGAAAAUUCUGGUCACCUUGGGUGUGAACGCUAGGAAACACAAAAACAUGAAACAUGUGCUCACAGAUAGGGAGACAAGUAGCUUGUAUGCAGCACUUAACAGUCUCAGUGCUGUCAAAGAAGAGAUAGAAUGCCAAAAGGGCAAAGAAAUGCUGGUAUGUGGCAAAGAAGGAAUUGAAGGAUACUUAAACCUUGGCAUGCCCCUCUGCUGUAUACCAGAAGGCAGCCAUGUGAUCAUUACAUUUUGUCAAUGUAAAAGUAAGACAGAAGAAACUAAACAAUUCUUUGAACCACAGGACCAAGCAUCUACCAAUUAUGUCCGAUUUUACAUUCAUGCAGUUGGGAGUAAGAGGAAAAAGAUUCUGAAGUGUGGGGAACUUCACAAAGAGGGGAACAAAGUCUGUGUCUAUGGCUCCAAGGGAGAGAACAUCAGAGACACUCUGAGGAAGGACGGCAGGUUUUGUUCUUUCAUAGAGAAUGACCAUUGGAAACUCAUUAAUGACCUGGACACUAUCAUAGAAAACACUCAGCCAGUUGAUGAGUUAGAGGGCAAGCUCUUUCAGGUUGCAGCUGAGCUACCAAAGAACCCUAGAGUAGUCUCUGUCAUGCAGAAUUCUGGGUUAGAGAACAGAGACUUCCAUAAGCUAGAAGACUAUAUUGUGAAUGCGAACCCUACAUUGAAAGAAGAAGGAGAAAAACUCAGAGCAUACAUCAAGAAAGAAAGUAAAAAAAGUUCCUUAUUCAAAGUGCAUAAAGAACACUUUGGGAAAAUAACAAAAAAUUCUACUCCUGUUAAAGUGCACAAACAUCUUUCGAAAGUCAGUGAUUCAGUUGGGUUCCUAUGGUGGAACAACAAUGGAAAGGAGGGCUGUGCCACCUGCUUUGUUUUUAAAGGAUUAUACAUUUUGACUUGCCGGCAUGUGAUAACUAGUAUUGUGGGUGAAGGCAUAGAUCCAUGUCAGUGGGCAAGCUUAAUUAGUCAGUGUGUAAAGGUGACCUUUGGUUAUGAAGAGUUCCCACUAGUAGAAGACAAGUUUUUUGAGGUUAAACCUUGGUUUGAGAUAUCUAAUGAAAGCCUUGACUAUGCUGUCCUAGAACUGAGGGAAAAUGGACAAGAAGUUCCUGCUGGACUGUAUAAUGGAAUAGGACCUGUGCCACUUAGUGGGUUAAUAUAUCUCAUUGGCCAUCCUGAUGGAGAAAAGAAGUCUACUGAUGGCUGUGCAGUGGUCCCUCAAAGUCAUAGAGGGCAAAAAUGUCAGGAAAAUUUUCAAGAAAGAGAGAAAGCAAACUACUGGAUUUCUACAUCUUUUUUCCCUAUAUACACACAAAGAAGUUUCCACGAAGUCUUUCACAACCAUGAUGUGGUUACUUAUGACACCACUUUUUUUGGUGGGUCUUCUGGAUCCCCAGUAUUUGAUUCUAAUGGUUCAUUGGUGGCCAUGCAUGCUGCUGGCAUCACUUGUACAGACCAGAAUGGAGUUUUUAAUAUCAUUGAGUUUGGUUUUACUAUGGAAUCCAUUCUUGCUAAUAUUAAGCAAACUAAAGAGUGGUAUGAUACCAUUUUUGUAAAUGAUCGGGAUGCAGAAAUGCUGAGCACAGACUCCUGAGGACUGGAAAGGGUGUAUUCUAGUUCACAACUUUAUGGGAAUUGCCUAAGGUGUUUUUCUUCAGAUAAUAAUGUUUUAUGAACUUUCAAAAUGAUUAAUUUCACCCAAUAAUCAUAGUUCUAGAGUGUAUCUUAACUAUCAAGCAUUUUCAUGGUUUAUUAAAACAAACAAUCAAAAACAAAACUAUCAAUUGAACUAUUUGUGUAAAGUAGCAUGAAAAAGAGGAUUAAGUGCUGAUGUGGGAUCCGAGGGUCAGGAGAUGCUAAGAUGUGAAAAAGUUGAGAGCAUAAACUGGAGUUAUUAGCCAGAAGACUCAUGGAAAAGAAAGAAGCCAACCACGUUCCUUGAAACUUAAACCAAUUUCAAACUCACUCAUUUGGUUCUACCCAUAUCUUCCUUCUCUGCUGACCAGAGCUCAGCCAGGACACCGAAUCACAGCGACUUAACCCUCCUAGGUCCCUGAACAUGGUGGCAUUUCUUCCAUUUUGUCUUUUUAACUUAAGACUUAGAUCUGAAAUGAACCCACAUGAAGUGGCAUGGAAAUCAUUGAGCAAGCAAGGAGCUGGUCUCUGCCACAGAAUGCAUGUACCUGAGACUUUCUGGACUUGAGUUGUGGAGAGCAAACAUGGGAAUAGGUGGUUUCUACUUGAUACGAUUCACAAUGGAGAGUGCUAGGAGGAUAUUGGACACAACCUAGGACAAUUCUCAGCAGUGUGACACUCAAGUCUUGGUCCUUUGAAGAGAAAGAAAACUGCGUUCAAGAAGUAAUCUCAUCAAAAACAGAGUCAAGGAGAAUUUAUGAACAGAAGGCCAGAGAUCUUAGAUUAUUUGAGAGAAAGUAGGAGUAGAUGAGAUGCUGAAGGAAUGUUGCUGGGAUCCAGCGAUUGCUUCAAUUCUUCCUUUAUCAUAACUGAAAUAUGUCCUGUAUGAGAGCUAACAUGAUCCUAAUCCACAACUCCCCUUAUUUUCCAGACAUUUCCUAGUGCUAUUGUGUGAUAUUUUGUGUCCCCUGCCCAAUGUAUUUUUCCCAAAUCAAAUACAGGUGAAUCAAUUAAAAAACAGUGUAAUAUCUGUAGUAGGUUUUGAAAUAUAAGAUGAAAAAAUUAUUUGUAUGGCAUUCCCAUUGUUUUGGCCCAAAUACUCAUUCUCAAUAUUAUAAAGUAAUAAAUGUUGUUUUUACAGCUA